AUGGUUUUUUCGCCGCCGUCAUGGGUACCGGAACUACCCAUGGAUCCUCCCGAUUCCAUCAGCAUCGCCGAGUUCAUGAGCAACGAUGACUACGGGCGGUAUCCGCUCGCCAAGGCGAGGACCCCGUUCGUCUGCGGCCUGACGGGGAAAUCGUACACGGCGGCCGAGACGGUUGAGCGAGAGGAUCACCUUGCGAGGGCCAUUGGAAAGAGGUUAGGGUUUACCAACGAGGGAUCGGAAUGGAAUCGAGUCGUGACGCUCUUCUCCUUCAACACUAUCGACUACGUGCCAUUGACGCACGCCAUUCACCGUGUCUCUGGGAUUGUUGCACCAGCUAAUCCCGCCGCCUCCGCGUUCGAGCUGGAGCAACAACUCCGGUCGUCAGGCUCCGUCGCGCUGUUUACGUGCGUCCCACUCCUGCAGAACGCCGUCAGAGCGGCCAGCGCAAAAGGAAUACCGAGCGAUCGAGUGUUUAUCCUCCCCAUGCAUAUUGGUGAACGGGCUGACGGAUUUGCAACCAUCCAUGACCUCCUCGAGGAGGGCAAGACUGUGCCUGCCAUCAAAGAGCUGAAGUGGACUAAGGGGCGAGGGGCGAGACAGGUGGCGUACUUGUGUUUCUCCAGUGGAACCUCUGGCUUACCUAAAGCCGUCAUGGUCUCGCAUUUCAACAUCAUCGCAAACAUCAUGCAGCUCACCGCAUUCGAAAGCUUCUAUCGCCGACGUCACAGCAUUGACUCGCAAGUCCUGCUCGGACUGCUGCCUUUCAGUCAUGCUUAUGGCCUCGUCAUCAUGGCACACGUCGCGCCGUACCGUGGUGAUCAAGUCAUUGUUUUGCCCGGCUUCCGACUCGACACGUUCCUCACGGCAGUUCAACGGUUCAAAAUUGAGCAGCUGAAUAUUGCUCCCCCAAUUCUAGUCCAGAUGGUAUCCAACCAUGAGAAAUGCAGAGAGUUCGAUCUUAGUAGCGUCCGUUUUGUCUACACUGGCGGGGCUCCUCUGGCUAGCGAGACUCUUCAGAGUCUUUCUGCAUUAUAUCCUCACUGGCACCUUGGCCAGGUCUACGGCAUGACCGAGACUGCGGUCGUCAUUACCUCAACCAGCGAAUCGGAUAUUCUUCACGGGUCCUCGGGCUCUCUUCUCCCUUCGAUGAGAGCUAAGAUCGUGGACACUAAUGGAAACGAAGUAACGACACCCGAGACGCCAGGCGAACUGAUCGUUCAGGGACCCUCUGUCACUCUAGGUUAUCUGAAUAAUGAGAAGGCGACAGCGGAAACAUUCUUUUGGGACAACGACGGCCGAUGGAUCAAGACAGGUGACGAGGCCAUCGUUCGCAAGUCCCCGCAAGGUCACGACCACUUUGUUAUUGUCGAUAGAAUCAAGGAACUCAUCAAAGUCAAGGGCAUGCAGGUUGCUCCAGCAGAGCUUGAGGCCCAUAUUCUCACGCAUCUCUUCGUGUCUGACUGCGCCGUCAUCCAGACGUAUCAUGACCGAUCGGGCGAAGUGCCCAAGGCCUUUGUCGUGAGGUCGAAGGAGUCGGCUGGGAUUCCAGAACCAGAGAUGGCGAGAUGCAUCUGCGAACAUGUCGAGAAGCAUAAAGCUAGGUAUAAGUGGCUGGCUGGAGGAAUUGAGUUUAUAGACGCUAUUCCAAAGAACUCGACCGGAAAGAUUCUUCGUCGACAGCUCAGGGAGAAGGAAAGAAAUGCUAUAAAGGAGCGAACGGCGCGGCUAUAG